AAGCUCUUUAGGCUACUUUGCGCAUGUACGGCCAAACAGAACAGUGCAUCGACUCCAAGAUGGCGAUAACACGUCUGGCUUGCCUUCUGACUCUGCUCUCAACUCACUGCUACUUCACUGUAAUAGCGGUGAUCCUGAAGUCAAAUGACCAAUCCCCAUGGACCAACGAAUUCGAAUCAACCGAAUUAUCCUGUUUGAUCGAGUCCAUCUCCACGAACAAGCCCAGAAUUGAAUGGAAGAAGAUACAGAACGGGGAACCCAGUUAUGUCUACUUUGACGAGAAGGUCUCAGGUGAUUUGGAGAGUAGAGCGAGGAUCAGGGAACCCGCAACGUUAGUGAUAACGAAUGCCACGAGGUCCGACACAGCAGACUAUCGCUGUGAGGUCACCGCCCCGAACGACCAGAAGUCUUUUGAUGAGAUUUUGAUCAGCCUUGUCGUACGAGUAAAGCCAGUGGUGCCAAAAUGCAGCGUUCCCAAAUCGGUGCCUUUUGGGAAGUCAGCUGAGCUUCACUGUGUGGAGGAGGAGGGCUACCCCAAAUCUCAGUACCAGUGGUUCCGAAGCAAGGAGGAGAUUCCCGAAGACCCGAAGUCCAGUCCCAAGUUCUUCAACUCCUCAUACACGCUCAACUCAGACACGGGAACGCUGAAGUUCAGUGCGGUCAGAAAAGAUGAUGCUGGAGAAUAUUACUGCCGAGCAAAGAACGACGCAGGCCAUUCAGAGUGUGGACCCCAAAAGAUGGAAGUCUAUGACCUUAACAUUGCAGGGAUUGUACUGGGAGUGCUGGUCGUGUUAGUGGUGCUCUUAUGUAUAACAGUGGGGAUCUGCUGUGCAUACAAGCGAGGCUACUUUGCCAGCCAAAAACAGACAGGAAACAAUUACAAAGUCCCAGCUAAAGGAGAUGGUGUGGAUUAUGUCAGGACAGAAGAUGAGGGUGACUUCAGACACAAAUCAUCAUUUGUCAUCUAAAAAGGGAGAGGAACAUUUUUCCAAGGAGCGAAGAGCAUGACAUGUUGGACUGCAAGCUGUUUGUUUCCAGUGAGCUGCCACAGUUCGUGCCUUGAGCUCUUGGCAUGACUGUAAUGAAACAUCUCAAGUUUGCCAAAGGUUGAAAGUUUUCACAGAACAGCAGUAUGUAUAGCUAUUUCAUAGAUGGGUACAGAAAUACAUUUGUUGACCUUAUCACCACUAACUGACUUUCUUCGUUAAAUUAUGGCGUUCUUACUUUACAGUAAUUGCAUGUAUUCGAAAGUUAAAACACUACAUUUACGUGACACGUUCCACCAGGUGAAAAAAAGGAUGUCUCACUGUUUUCAACUCAAUCUGGAGUCAGUCUGUCCUGACAGAUUUCUACUGUAAACGUUUCGCUUCAAACCCUUUGUCAUUUGUAAAACAUUUCUUUUCUACUGUUGAAAUUUGUCAGACUAUUUUUGAUGGAAUAUAUUUUAAAAAUGCCUAUAGAUAAAAGGUUUACUUUUUUAAAUAUUUGUAAAAUACUAACAUGUUUUUUAUUUGGUUUGUGGAUAAGAAUAUUUAACACAUUAACAACUUCGCAUCAAGCCGUGAGCAUUUGCAACCUCGCAAACGACAACGGAAAGGCUAGACAAAUUCUAAAAAUGGCACGCGUCAGCGCAUCAAGGUCCGGUUCUUGAUCAGCCGUCUUACGUAUUUUAUUUCUCUGCUGGGAUUAUCCACUUUAUGUCGCAAGAGAGAUCCGUGUCAAUGUUUGUAGAUAGUCUUAGUGAAAGAAUUUGAAGAGUGCCAGUCAAAUGCUGUGAAACACUGUACACAAUCAGUGCUGCGUUUUCUUGAUUUUAAGUGUCCUUCUAUGCUUGCUGUUAAUCUUGUAUAUAUUGAAUAUACUGUCGAGUUUGGGUUUUUUUUCUUUCUUUUUUUUUUUGCUGUCCUAAGUACGUUCAGUAUUACAUUAUAAUAAUACAGGGUUUGUUAGUUAACCCUCUAGACCCCAACAGACAUGUACAAACACACCCACAGCAUACUGGAAUGUUGCCUGGAUCUCUGCAGGUUAUUUUUGCGCAACUAUGUUUCAGUCAAGCUCAGCCCCAAAAAAAUCGAGGGGCGGCGACACGUUUUGACGCCAUAACCGUCUCUGCAUCGGGAAUCUCACAUUUUUUUGAGGACUGCUUGUGUCGUGCUCCAAAAAUGCACGUUCCGUUUUGCAGGAACUUGCCAUUUGCGGAAGCCUACGAGUGUUAAGUGAUAUACAAUACGGCAAUUCCUGGCUGCUAUGGGGUCUAAAGCGGUGAACAAGUGUACUGAUUGUAUAUAGAUUUGUGGUACAGAUUCUUGUUUUUUUGUUUUUUUCCUUCCUCUCGGAAAUACGCAAGGUGUUGACAAUGUGAAACUUCCUGUUCGAGGCAAUAUGAAACUCUUUCCAUUUGCAAGGCUUAAAAGAUCAGGCGUCAUUUUCCAGGAAUUCCAUUCAAAAUGCCUGAACACGAGCUCCACAACAGCCCGGUGGCACGAGCCCGGAACCCUGAUUCGGGGGUUCCGGCCCCCCCCCCUGGACUCCACGACGUGUCUUUUUUUUUUUU